AUGAGUGGCCAGCAGCAGCAGCAGGAGCGGCAGCAGGAGCGCUCCGGGGGCCCCUGUUUACAAUACUUACGCAUGCAGGCGCGGCGGGCAGAGAUGGGAGAGGGUCUGGACGUAGGAUGCCCUAUCAGCUGGGACGACCUCCACAGACUCCCCGCUCCCCCGUCUCCAGCGAUCCGAACCGUGCCCUGCGUCUACCUCACUCACUUCCCCGUCUUCUCCUGUCAGGCGGACUGCGACCUCAUCACGGACACGGCCUCCAAGCUGGAGCGCAGCGGCUUCUACUGGGGUCCCCUGGGCGUAGAGGAGGCGCACCUCAUGCUCAAACACUCGCCCCUGGGCAGCUUCCUCAUCCGCGACAGCCGCCAAAAGGAUGUCUUCUUCACGCUGUCGUACCUGUCCAAGAGCGGCCCGGUCAGCGUGCGCAUAGACUUCAAGAAGCACAAAUUUUCACUGGCGGGCAACGAGCGAGCCUUCGCUUCCCUGUUUGCGCUGUUGGAACAUUACAUCAGCUCGCCAAAGAAGAGUCUGCGGGUCCCAUACAGGAAAUGGGAGCCUACGCUGCAGGAGAUUUGCCGAAAGAGGGUUUUGGAGCUGAGCGGCGGCAUCGGGCACGUCUCGGAGCUGCCCAUCACCACGAGCACAGGUACAGGUACCUCGGAGCACAGGUACAGGUCCCACAGAGCACAGGUACCUCAGAGUACAGGUCCCAAAGAGCACAGGUACAGGUCCCUCAGAGCACAGGUACAGGUCCCACAGAGCACAGGUACCUCAGAGUACAGGUCCCAAAGAGCACAGGUACAGGUCCCUCAGAGCACAGGUACAGGUCCCACAGAGCACAGGUACAGGUCCCACAGAGCACAGGUACAGGUCCCUCUGAGCACAGGUACAGGUCCCACAGAGCGCAGUUACGGGUCCCUCAGAGUGCAAGUACAAGUCCCUCGGAGCACAGGUACAGGUCCCUCAGAGCAUAGGUACAGGUCCCUCAGAGCACAGGUACAUGUCCCUCAGAGCACAUGUACAGGUCCCUCAGAGCACAUGUACAGGUCCCACAGAGCACAGGUACAGGGCCCACAGAGCACAGGUACAGGUCCCACAGAGCGCAGUUACGGGUCCUUCAGAGUGCAAGUACAAGUCCCUCGGAGCACAGGUACAGGUCCCUCAGAGCAUAGGUACAGGUCCCUCAGAGCACAGGUACAUGUCCCUCAGAGCAUAGGUACAGGUCCCUCAGAGCAUAGGUCCCACAGGCCACAGGGACAGGUCCCUCAGAGCACAGGUACGGGUCCCACAGAGCAAAGGUACGGGUCCCACAGAGCACAGGUACAGGUCCCUCAGAGCGCAGUUACGGGUCCCUCAGAGCGCAAUUAUGGGUCCCUCAGAGCGCAGGUAGAAGUCCCUCGGAGCACAGGUCCCUCAAAGCGCAGGUACAGGUCCUGUUAA